GAGACCACCAUGCCUGGCGCUCGUGCCGCGGCCGUCCUGGCGCUCGUGCUCCUGCCGACGCUGGCCGCCGCCGCCAUCGAUUUCCGUCGUGAGGCCCCGCCGCCCGGUCACACGUGCGGCGCGCAGGGCACGUACGCUCCCGGCAGCGCCUACGAGACCAACCUGCGGCGUCUCGGCGCCAUCCUUCUCUCCCAGGCAAACGCGUCCUCCUGCAAGUGCUCUCCCGGCAACAACGCCGGCGAGCGUCCCGACAGGGUCAUUGCGUCGGCCUACUGCUACUGGCCCCCCGACGGGAGCUCGCCGGACUGCGGGGCCUGCAUCACGCAGGCUUUCCGGGAGGCGGAACGGCUGUGCCCGUACCACCGGCAGGCCAUGGUCGUGGUCGACGGCGGCGCGUGCAGCGUCUGCUUUCACGACGAACAGCGCAUGGAGGAGGGCAUGGGCGUCGGCCUCACCGGGCAAUUUGCACUGGAGCCAAAUGCAUCAUAUCUUGAGUUUCUAUGUCUGAAGCUGAGGUCUCUGUUAGAGAAGCAACUCUUGGAAUCACAUAACAAGAGUGAACAUUCGACCCAAACUCAAGUUUGGAAGUCACCACAACAAGCCGCUAUGUGAAGGAUUAUGUCUAUGACAGGCCAUGAAUCUCUUCAGAAGAACAGCCAUGAAACCUUCUUUGCGACAAGGAUAUAUGCUAACCGAGUCUUUGAAUUUCCAUUGAUCAAGAUGAAAAGAGAGCCUACCUCUGUUUUUUCUUCUUGUUUCAGUUAUGUAAUGUGUGGAUAGUGUUACUACUUUUUCUCUUUGCAUUUGCAGAAGAAAUGACGCGAAUGGCUUUGGUCCACUUAA